GAGUAUGAAUCUAGUGGUGGGGAUUCCGCGGGCACCGCUAAGUGUAUUUGGGCGAAACAGAAUCCCUAUCUGGAGAGCCAAGUUGAUUGAGCCCAUGGAUCAGCCGAAGCGAGUGGUCGUCUGCGGCGGCGGAGUCAUCGGAGCCUGCACCGCUUACUUCCUGGCGGCGAAGGGCGCCGCCGUCACGCUCGUCGAGAUGUCCGACGUGGCAUGCGCCGCUUCGGGAAAGGCCGGCGGCUUCCUGGCGCUGGAUUGGUGCGACGGAGGACCGCUGGAGCAGCUAGCUCGCGCCAGCUUCAAUCUCCACCGUUCCCUCGCGCAAGACCUCGACGGUCCCCGAUCCUACGGUUACAGACCCCUCACCACGCUCAGCCUCACCGUAAUCGAAUCCGAGGGCUCUUCCGCUGCCUCAACCUUGCCUUCUUGGGUCAAUGGACCAGCUCGGGGCGCUAAAACCAUUGGAACCCCCGAAACGACGGCGCAGGUGCACCCGCAGCUUUUCACUCGGACUCUCGUUGAUAGAGCCGUGGAGAGGCACGGCGUGGAGGUUGUGAUUGCGAAAUUGGAACGGUUGGAAGUGGAGCAAGGAAGAGUUGGAUCGGUGGUGCUUGAAGGAGGACGAGUGUUGGAGGCGGACGCGGUGGUGUUGGCGUUGGGCCCGUGGUCCAGUAAGUUAGUUUUGUUGUCGUCGCUGUUUAGAGUUUAUGGGCUUAAGGCCCAUAGCAUUGUUUUGGAGCCUAGAGAGGGCAGUUUGAUAACCCCGCAUGCUCUUUUUCUGAGCUACUAUUCGUCGAAACGAGGAGCGCCACUGGACCCUGAAGUGUACCCUCGGCCCAGUGGGGAGGUGUACGUGUGCGGGAUGUCGAAGGAGGAGGAGGUGCCCGAAGAUCCUGCUGAGAUUAGGGGAAACAGUGAGUCCAUUGCGAUGCUUAAGAGGGUGGCGAAGAGUGUGUCGAGUUAUCUUGGGGAAGGAGAGGCACGUGUGAAGGCGGAGCAAGCGUGUUUCUUGCCCUGCACUGAUGAUGGGGUACCCCUCAUUGGAGAGGUUCCAGGGGUGAAGGGUUGUUAUGUGGCGACGGGCCAUAAUUGUUGGGGUAUUCUUAAUGGGCCUGCCACGGGCGCCGCCCUUGCCCAGCUUAUUCUUGAUGGACAUUCCACUAUUGUUGGUCUUAAGCCCUUUAGUCCCACCAGAUUCCUUGGCCGGAGAAAGGCUUAGACGGCCUCAAAAGUCAAAACUUCUCUCCUUUUGCAUGCUACCAUCAAUUAUGUAAUUUCAAAUAAACAAAAAUCAUGCACAUUAUUACAAUUUCAUUCUUCAUUUUCCUAUUAAAUAGGUUAAAUACCUCUUUUGGUCCCUUACAA